CAUAGCUUUGCUGUUGUUAAUACGUUUUUGCAAAUCCUGGGGCAUCACAACUGAACAGAACUUCUCCAAGGAUUUUCGAUCUUGUGAAAAUGACACACAAGGACGAAACGAAAUUGAAUACAAAUUUGUAAGCCUUCCUGUUCACCACCCUUCGAAAGAAGACGAGAGAUAAGCCCUGACUCUAUUUGUCCCCAAGAAUUUUUUCAAGGGCAAGCUGAUUGAUAGACGGGGGAAGAAAAAAGAGAAGAGGAUUGGGUGAACAGACCAAAGACAAAUUCAAAAAAAGAAAAGAAGGAUGAACCGGCUAAUGUUUUAACAGAAGAGAGUCUAAGAGUUCUAACGUAAAUAACCCUUUACAGAGAGCGCGUGUUGUCAGGAAUUGCAGAAUGAAGGGCAGCUGAGGAAGGGAAAUAAACAGGGAGGAGCAGAGAGAGGGAGGGAGAGGAGAGGAGAGGAGAGGAGAAGAGAGGAGAGGAGGCGGAGAUGGAGGUAGAGAAGAGGUAGGAGAAUAAAUCCUUACUCCAUGAUGAUUGGAGCACACACUGUGAGAGUGGCAGUUGGGAUUACAGCCGGUGAGUGCAGCCAGAGGGAGAGGAUGGAAGAUGAAAGACAUGAGGAAGGGCACAGGUAUGGAAAAACCCAAAAAUUAAACGCAAGCCAAUAAAGUGUGUGUUGCUCCUGGGGUGUGGAAGCUGGAAAUGACAGACAGGACCGAACUAAAGAAGGCACAUCUGAACUCUGAGUGACUGAGUCGUGUCCCGAGUCACUGCUACCGCAAGGCAAGAGUCAAAAAGACACGGGAGACAAAUAAAAGGGACUGCCAGUAAAUCAACCACGAGUCGCGCUGCAGAAUAAAAAGUGGAUUGUUUAUCCGGAUAAAGAAAGGUCACAGAAGUGUUCACGAACGGAGCGGCAACUAAGGAGCAGCAAGUGAUAAUGUGACCUGCCAAAGUGCUGCAAACCACACCACCAUCACAGCGGGCUCCUCUUUUUCGUCUACUGAAAUAGACUCAUACAAAUGAAGAGGGGAGAGAUGGAACAGGGCUGAAAAGGAGGAAAAAAUAAAAGCGGGAGGAGGAGCAGGAAGAAAUCCAAAAAGGAAAUAAGAGAAGAAAGAAGAAAAAGAGGAGGAUGAGGAAAAUAAAAAGCAAAUAGGAAGCUAAAAAAAAAUUAAAAAAAAGAAGAAGAAGAAGAGAAAAAGAGCAGUGUUGUGAAAUGAAAAUUGAGGAGUCCAGGCUGGAUGUUAGUAGCCAUUGCAGGCCGCAGGUGACUGUGAUGGGUGUUCGUCUGGUCUACCUAAGUGACCUACCCUGGUGGCCCCAAGGACUGGCCCCAUUGUCAUUAGUGGUGCUGAUGCUCUUCAAUGUCCCCAGCUGCUCCGGACCACCACUCGGAACGUUUCUGUCACCCACGGUCAACGUGGCGGUAGUUUUUAGUGGCUCUACCUACCAGAGCGAGAUCAAGGGGCACCUGAGCCGGGAAAACUUCAUCGAUCUACCCCUGGAAGUGAACCCCAUCACUGUGCUGGUGAACAACACCAAUCCUCGGGCGCUGCUCACCCGCAUCUGCGAUACUCUUUCCAAUUACAGAGUCCACGGCGUGGUCUUCGAGGACAAUGUUGGCUCAGAGGCCGUGGCUCAGAUUCUGGACUUCAUUUCCUCUCAGACUGCAGUGCCCAUCGUGGGCACCAGCGGAGGGUCCGCUGUUGUCCUAUCACAUAAGGGUGAAGGCUCUAGUUUCCUGCAGCUUGGUUCGUCCAUCGAGCAGCAGGUGAACGGCAUGUUUAAAGUGAUGGAGGAGUACAACUGGCACAGCUUCGUGGUCAUAACCAGCUUGUACCCUGGCUAUGAGACCUACGUGGAUUAUAUCAAGUCUUUUGCCGACACCAGCUACUUUAUGUGGGACCUGCAGGAUGUGCUGACCUUUGACAUGUCUGCCGACGGCAUGAAUGACAUCCGAGUGCAGAGGCUGCUACAGCAAAUCGACACCCAGGUGUUGCUGGUCUACUGCUCACACAACGAGGCCGACUACAUGUUCAACAUGGCGUCUAAAGCCGGCCUCUCCGGCCCCGGAUACAUUUGGAUUAUCUCCAGCCUAGCGGUGGGUAACCUGGAUGUCGCUCCUCCAGACAGCUUCCCCGUAGGCCUUAUCAGCAUCAUACCUGAUAGAUGGAGGAUAAGUCUGAGGAAACGGGUGAGAGACGGGGUGGCCAUUGUGGUAAAAGGCGUGGAGAGCUUUCGUAAACAGUGGGGCUUCAUUCCUGAGGUCCACAGCAACUGCCUCAACCCUAUCAAACCAUCGUCUGUGAACGACACGUUAUUCAGGCACAUGUUAAACGUAACAUGGGAGCACAAUGACUUCUCAUUCAACAGUAAUGGUUACCUGAUAAAUCCAGCAAUGACCAUCAUCACUCUUGACAGAGACAGACUGUGGGAUAAGGUCGGGACUCACGAAAGGGAGAUCCUGCAGAUGCGGUACCCUGUGUGGCCAAGAUAUGGCGCAUACCUGGAGCAGGUGUCGGACUAUAGGCACCUGACUGUGGCCACGCUGGAGGAGCGCCCUUUUGUCAUUGUCGAACCUGUGGACCCUUUAACUGGUACAUGUGUCGGCAACACCGUUCCCUGCAGGCGACAGUCCAACAAAACUGAAGUGAUUGUGGGUCACACGGAGCCAUACACCAAACUGUGCUGCAAAGGUUUUUGCAUUGACAUCUUGAAGAAACUUUCCCGUACCAUCAAGUUCUCAUAUGAUCUCUACCUGGUCACCAACGGAAAACAUGGCAAACUGGUGCGAGGAAUUUGGAAUGGGAUGAUCGGAGAGGUCGUUUACAAGCGGGCAGACAUGGCGAUUGGUUCCCUAACCAUCAAUGAAGAACGCUCUGAGAUCAUUGACUUCUCUGUACCUUUCGUGGAGACAGGGAUCAGCGUAAUGGUGGCCAGAAGUAAUGGAACGGUGUCGCCAUCUGCUUUUCUGGGUAAGAGAAAACCCUAUAUACACAUUUCUUUUUUUUCUAUGUCCAGAAAACUGGACGCCUUCAUCUAUGAUGCGGCGGUUCUUAAUUACAUGGCCGGCAAGGACGACGGCUGCAAGCUUGUGACCAUUGGCAGUGGUAAAGUGUUCGCUACCACGGGUUACGGCAUCGCCUUGCAAAAGGAUUCACGCUGGAAAAGACCAAUUGAUCUGGCUCUACUUCAAUUCCUAGCUGAUGGUGACUCCCAGAAGCUCCAGACUGUUUGGCUGACAGGAAUCUGCCGUAACGAGAAGAAGGAGGUGAUGAGCAGUAAGCUUGACAUUGACAACAUGGCGGGGGUGUUCUACAUGCUGCUCGUGGCCAUGGGUCUGAGUCUCUUGGUGUUUUCCUGGGAACAUCUACUCUACUGGAAACUUCGUCAUUCCGUUAAAAAAUCUGAAAGGUUGGAUUUCCUUCUGGCCAUCAGCAGAGGGAUCUACAGCUGUUUCAACGGAAUAGAGCUAACUGAGUCCAAUGGAAGCAUACAGAGUCUCGAUGUCCCCCCCAACUACACACAUGUCAACAUGUUAAAGAUGCUGAAGACCGCCAAGGACAUGGUGUCCUCUGCGCAGGUGGCAAACUCUUUAGACAAUGCAACCAAAACUAUAGAGGAGUGGAGCAGGGGGAGAGAAAACACAGCACAAAAUGGGUUUCCACCCGCAGUGGUAACAAAAGGUAUGACCUACACCCACGUACCCCAUAUCUCCAGCAUCACAGACAAACAGAUGUUGUGUCCACAAAGGUCCCUUACACCCACAUUUCCAGUCCUGGAGAAGCCCCACAUGAUGACUAGGCCCACUCCGCUCUGCUACACACUGCCGGCUCGUACUAGUCACCAUGUCUUGGAAACUACUCAGCCCGUCUCAAGCCUCAGUAGCCCUCACAUUGCUAUGAAUGAUCAAUCGUCUACAUGUACACCCAACCCCCAACACGGUAGCCGGGUGUAUAUCGAGAACCAGGCAACCCAGCUUCCCCUUUCACACUUUGUCCACCGCAGAAAGCUUCAGGUAUCGGAUCUGUACUUGGAGCACAAAGGGCCAUUGAGGAGAAAAUUCAGUUACCCCCAUGACGUAGGAAGCAGGCAAAGGAGGCCCCAUAGUUACGUGUUUGAUGGUGCAGACCCAAGAGUAAGAGGUGACUACGAUGACCCCCGACCCAGCCUUGAUGAAUUGAGAGCCAGUCCUCUACUGAACCACCGGACCUCUGAUGCUUCUGCGUCGUGCAUAGCAAGACACUACCCAAGCAGAGGUUGUAGCUGUAGCUUCUGUGUGAAGUCAUAUUUGGGGCCAAACAUGGGGAAUGACCUGCUACUCAGAAGGAAAAAACUCCAUCAUCGCACCCCCUUUCUCAGAGCCACGUGGGACAGUGACAGAAUCUGUCGGGUUGAUGAAACAAAGACAACUAGAUGCGCAUCUACCCCUACUUGCAAAGACAUUCCUGACAUGUUUCCCCGGGUGGUUAUCACCAACCCCAAAACCCAAAAGAUAUACGGCGCUCUGGGGAACAGCCUCUCCUACUAUCCCUUGGCCGCAAAACCUGUUUACUCCGAAUCAGCUCACAUGUGCAAGCAAAAGAUCAAGCACUGUAAGUCCAUCCGGCUGCCCUCCUACAGGGAAGCCGUCCGGCAGACCGUCCCUGAGCUGCACCAUUCUCCCUCUUCUCUGUCACACAGAAACUUCCACCCCAAUCUGAACUCAUACACAGACUUACCGGCAUAUGUGGGCCCACUAGCACCAGCAGCAAAUUACAUGUGUGACGGCUCUAAUAAUAUGUGUCACCUUUUCCCCUGUACGAGUGCCUGUCCCGAACAUGCAGCAAUGGUUCCUCGCGUGGGCAAUAGGCAGGUUGGUCACCAUGACAACGUGAUCAACACUUACGACGGAUGGAGGAAUAGGGACCUUGGCCCUGGGGUCACAGACCAGAGGCAGGUGGUUGUAGCUCAAAGAGUUAACAGUCCAUAUGUGGCAAAACUCUGGGGUAGAAUGUCCAGCCCAGAUUCAGAAGUUUGAGUUGCUAUUCAUACAGUACAUAUAUAUAUUUAUAUAUAUAUAUAGAUAGUGUAUAAAAAUGGCUGAGUUCAUUCAGUCCUAAGUAAAGCUCCACAGGCAGAGGUGGAAAAAGUAAUUAAGUAAAAGUAUCUUUACUUUGUUUAAAUUCUACUCAAGUAAACGUACCCAUCUAAAAAUGUACUUGAGUGAAAGUAAAAUAUGGACUUCAUUUAAAAUGUACUUUGAGUAAAAGUUACUUAGUUAUUACCCUGUAAUAAUAAUUAUUUCUGGCACAUACAAAAAGUAGACACUCGAUUCUUACCAUCGUCAUUGCACCCGUUUGAAUAUCAUUGCAAGUGGAACUGAUUCAAAAAGCACAGUAACAGUACAAUUUUCUGACCCUCUUGUUGACUAGUUUUAAUUUUAGCACAUACCCCGCGGGCACCUUAGGCAAUCCAUACCAAGUGCACCAAGUUGGUGACCUCUGGGCUAGAGCCUGCCUCUUGGUCAAAGUUCUCUGGCUACAUUUAAAAAACUGGGAAACGCAAUUUUCUUUCAGUUAACGCAGAUUGUUUUGGCACGCAUUUCAUUUUUUACUUCUUUUCCAAUGUAGCAAAGUAUAUGAGUCACAAUGUACUUAAGUAAAAGUAAAAGUUACCUAUUCCCAAAACUACUACAUUACAAGUUACUCAUAAAGCUACUCAAUUAGAGUAAGUUGAGUAAAAUGCAAUUUGUUACUUUCCACCUCUGCCCACAGCUAUGUAUGCUAGAAAUAAAUGAUCAACAUACUUUGUUUCGUUGAGUUCAAAGCCACUCUUUUCAAGGUGUAAAACCAGGAACACUUGUAAAAUGUAAAAAAGUGAGUUGGCAUGUAAAACCGGCGUCGCCAAGUUUGUAACAAUGCAUAUCGCUGUGGCUAGGUUUGUCCUGCGAAGUUUAUGAUCUCAAUUGCUAGUCUCAUGUCAUUUAGUAGACGUUCACUUCUUAGAUGUGGUGUGUACCACAAAGCAAAAUAGGUUCGGCCUAAAUACAGGUCCGUUGAAGUGGAAAACGGGGGCAACGAUCGACCCACUCUCAGGAGAGUAGUUCAUGUUUCAGUAUGUAAAAUGUUGUGGGUUAGAGGGGGAUAGCGCUUACUCAUGAAAUACUUAAAUAAUAUGUAGCCCAAGUAGCAAUUUUUACCUCUGAUUUGAAUAGCCUUGGCUGACCCAAGAGUGUUUUCAGAGGGUAAACUCUAUACUGCAAUAUAUAAAGUUAAAGUUUUAGACAUCUUAAGGAAAUCAGGAACUGUAUAAACCAACCUGUGAUACAAGGAAAAAGAGGUAGAAAAAGUUUAAAUCAGGCAUGGGCAAACUAAGAUCCGGGCGCGGACUGUUCAGC